AGCGGAAGAGUAAGGUGUGGAUCCACUGUCAUGGGGGACCGGCUCUCUGGAGAUGGGGACUCGUCCUGGCUGUGGGGGGGGCAGGACACGCUGGGCGAAGUGAAUCAGAUGUCGGACUCACCUGUUGCUUUCCAUUUCCUCGCCACUUCGCAUCCCAACCGAGCCUUCUGAGGGGGAGCCAUCUUUGUUCACAACGCCAAUACCGGAACAAACAUGGCCGAGGCUUUCGUUGGCACCUGGAACCUCAAAUCCAGCGAGAACUUUGACGAGUACAUGAAGAUUCUGGGCGUCGGCUUCGCCACCCGCAAGGUGGGCAACCUGACCAAGCCCACCACCAUCAUCUCCGUGGAAGGAGACACGGUGACGGUGAAGACGCAGAGCACCAUCAAGAACACCGAGCUCACCUUCAAGCUGGGCCAGGAGUUUGACGAAACCACCGCCGACGACAGGAAGGUCAAGUCCAUCGUCACCAUCGACGGGGGCAAGAUGGUGCACAUACAGCGGUGGGACGGCAAAGAGACCAGCCUGGUCCGAGAGGUCAACGAGAACGCUCUCACGCUGACGCUGACGUUGGGCGACGUGGUUUGCACGCGCUCCUACGAGAGGGCGGCGUGAAUAAAAACACCCCAAGCCAUCAAGUUCCCUUCAUACUGGAGGAGGCAGUAUUAGCUUACCUGUGGACCCCCCCACCCCCAUGCCCCACACCUCUACUGUAAAAAAAAAACAAAAAACACUGAGUAAAUUCCAAUGAAUUGUUUUUUUUUGUUGUUGCUGUUGGGUUCCCAAAAUGUCCUUUAUGGAAUUGAAUAAAAGGAUUGUGGAGAAAA